AUGCGUCUCACUCAAGCUGCUGUCGUUGCCAUUCUGGCCUUUACUGCCGCAGCGACGCCGAUCGCCGUUCGUGGAGAUGACGCAAAGGCCACUGAGGAGUAUCAAAGGUGCUGUGAGCAACGCGACAAGUACGACCAUAGCAAGAUCUGCAUCCCUCCGAAGGUGGAUCUUCCUCACGUACCCAAACCUAUAGGGGAUGGCAAAGAACAUGGAGAUAAGGACGAGCACGACGACGGAAGCUACAAGCCCAACAAGCCACAGCCAGACCCUCCAGCCAAACCGGAAGAAGACAAGGAUGAACACGAUGACGAUGGCUAUAAGCCCCAUCCACCUAAGCCUCAACCAGAGCAUCCACCCCCGAAGCCGGAGCAUCCGACUCCUCCAAAGCCAGAGCAUCCACCUCCAAAGCCAGAACCACCUAAGCCAGAGCAUCCUAAGCCAGAGCCUCCGAAGCCAGAACCACCCAAGCCAGAACCUGAGCAUCCCAAGCCUGAGCAUCCCAAGCCAGAACCACCUAAGCCAGAGCAUCCUAAGCCAGAGCCUCCGAAGCCAGAACCACCCAAGCCAGAACCUGAGCAUCCCAAGCCUGAGCAUCCUAAGCCAGAGCAUCCCAAGCCAGAACCACCCAAGCCAGAACCACCCAAGCCAGAGCAUCCCAAGCCAGAACCACCCAAGCCAGAACCACCCAAGCCAGAGCAUCCCAAGCCAGAACCACCCAAGCCAGAACCACCCAAGCCAGAGCAUCCCAAGCCAGAGCCUCCGAAGCCAGAGCACCCAACUCCUCCCAAGCCGGAACAUCCACCCCCAAAGCCCGAACAUCCAGUUCCUCCUAAGCCACAACCUGAGCAUCCCGCUCCUCCCAAGCCGCAGCCCGAGCACCCCAAUCCUCCUAAGCCGCAGCCCGAACACCCAGCCCCUCAGCCGGAGAAGGAGGAGGAUGAUAAGCCACAUCCAGCACCACAGCCAAAGCCCGUCCCGGAAGCCGAUCAACACGGUUACUACACUUUCGGGGAGGAGAUUAGCCUCAAGUGUGAGGGCGGUAAGAUCGUGGUCAAGGGUCACAAGUAUUAA